UCUCUAAAGAUCUUUUGUCGCACUGCAAGGUACGGCAAAAAUCAUUUGUUGUACCGCAAGGCGCAACAGUUUUAACACCAGAGCGUUAAGACUAGCUUUAAAAUGAUACGAGUUAUGUCUAAUGAGAAAUGUAUCCUGAAAAACAAAUAUAUAUAUACAUAUAUAUAUAAGAUGUGAUGUAAAUUAACAUUAUAUCACAGUAAAAUAUUGAAAUUAUUCAUAGCCUGCCACUAAAUACAACCAGAAAUUGCAGCAAAUUGAUAUUGACUGCAUUUGUUUAUUAAGUUGCUUAUUAAAUUUAUUUAUGGGUGCGUUCCGAAUUAAGCAUGAAACGCGUAGACUGCAAUACUGAUGCGCGACGCUUUGAAAUCGUUCCGUUUUUGUAAUGCACGCAUAAAACGCAUGAGCGCUUGAAAAUUUUGGAACGAUUUUCUGAGCGACUUAUGCGCUAUGCUACAGUGGGUUGUCAGUUGAGAAAAAUGGACGCCGAACGAAACAACAAACGUUUAAUAGCAUCAAACAUCAUUUUAACGAUACUUUUAAACAAAAAUGACGAAAGUGAUAAUUCGACAUCGAGCGAGAGUGAAAAUGAUGAUAACGAUGAUAUUUACGUAAGGAAUAUGCAAACAUUAUAUUGUAUAUUAAUGGCGAAUAAAGUACGAGGGGAAAUGAUCGCAACAGAAAAACUUACUAAUUACGUUGAACGCGUAAUUCCCAAUUACUCAAACAAUGCAUUUAAAGAGCAUUUUAGGAUGUUUCCGGCAACAUUUCAAAUGAUUUUAACAUCGAUUGGACCAGCGUUAAACGCGACAGGUACUGAAAUUGGCAGAAAACCUAUAUCAGCAGAAAAACAACUGCUUAUUGCUUUGUGGUUUAUGGCUACUCCUGAUUCGUAUAGGUACAUAGAAAAUUCAUGCUUUCAUGCUUUGAAUUUAUAUACACUGUGUUUUUGUUUUCUACAUAUAUAUGUAAUAAUUAAUAUGAUUACAUAACGAUAAGA